AGGGAGCCGCCGGCACUUCCGAUUGGCUGCUGGACAUCAUCACUGAGCCAUUAACGUCUGCUGACGCCUGUGUCGGCGGACACGCCCCCUCGACCGUGACAGUCUCGAGACCAGGCACCACCUUUCCGGAGAGGAAAGCCAGCCUCCUAAAUGAGCUUCCAUCCGAAGACGGGCGACGUGCAUCCACACCGGUGCUGAGAGCGGGGGACGGGACUCCAGAACGGAAACAGCGCUGCAGCGACCGUCUGCCUUCAGUCAGCGUCUCUGAGAGCUCUUGCAGCAGGUGCCAUUGAAUUAAAGCUCCUGCCAGGCCGCCGCCCCGCCCCCCCCCACCCCGGCGCAACCAUGACCGAGAGCCGCAGGGAGGCCCUGGUGGCCCCCCCGGCCCCCACCGCGGCCCCCACCGCACCCGCCAACGUCACCGAGGCCCCGGGCCCCGGGGGCGCCCGGCCCAAGGACGAGGCCUUCUCCAAGCUGAAGGACAAGUUCAUGAACGAGCUGAGCAAGAUCCCGCUGCCGUCAUGGGCCAUCGUCGCCAUCGCCUUCGUGGCCAUCCUCCUCAUCCUCACCUGCUGCUUCUGCGUCUGCAAGAAGUGCAUCUUCAAGAGGAAGAACAAGAAGAAGGGCAAGGAGAAGGGCAAGAACGCCAUCAACAUGAUGGACGUCAACGACGCGGCCCAAAUGGAGGGCCUGAAGGACGAGGACGACGCCGAGACAGGGCUGACGGACGGGGAGAAGGAGGCGGAGCCAAAGGAGCAGGAGAAACUGGGGAAGCUGCAGUACUCCCUGGACUACAACUUCACCGAAAACCAGCUCAUGGUGGGGAUCAUCCAGGCGGCCGACCUCCCCGCCAUGGACAUGGGCGGCACCUCGGACCCCUACGUCAAGGUGUACCUGCUGCCCGACAAGAAGAAGAAGUUUGAGACCAAGGUCCACAGGAAGACCCUCAACCCCACCUUCAACGAGCAGUUCACCUUCAAGGUGCCCUACACUGAGCUGGGCGGGAAGACCCUGGUGAUGACGGUGUACGACUUCGACCGCUUCUCCAAGCACGACGCCAUCGGGGAUAUCAAGGUGCCCAUGAACAAGGUGGACUUCAGCCGACCGAUGACCCAAGCCCAACAGACACAGGAGAAGCUGGGCGACAUCUGCUUCUCCCUGCGCUACGUGCCCACCGCCGGCAAGCUGACCGUGGUCGUCCUGGAGGCCAAGAACCUGAAGAAGAUGGACGUGGGCGGCCUAUCAGAUCCUUACGUCAAAAUCCACCUGAUGCAGAACGGCAAGAGGCUGAAGAAGAAGAAGACGACAAUCAAGAAGAACACCCUCAACCCGUACUACAACGAGUCCUUCAGCUUCGAGGUGCCCUUCGAACAAAUCCAGAAGGUGCAGGUGGUGGUGACCGUCCUGGACUACGACAAGAUCGGCAAGAACGACGCCAUCGGCAAGGUGUUCGUGGGGCUCAACAGCUCGGGCACGGAGAUCCGCCAUUGGUCCGACAUGCUGGCCAAUCCCCGGAGGCCCGUCGCCCAGUGGCACGUGCUCAAGCCCGAGGAGGAGGUCGACGCCCAGCUCAGCACCAAGAAAUGAGGGAAGGACUCCCCCCCCCUCCCGCCCCCCCC